AACAGGAUGAACGCAAAAAGCAGGUGCCUCCGGUGCCUGCAGCACCGGGUCAUGAAACCUGUGGAGACAGAGUGGUUUUGGAAAAGAAGGAACGCUCACCAUCACCAUCCCCAGUGUUAUCGUCAUCAUCGUCCAGUGAGAGCAACAGCUCUGAUGAGGACAUGGAAAGCAAGAAAGAGCCUAAGAAAAAGAAGGCCACGGCUUCUGGUGAAAGUGGGCCCAAAGCACCUCAGCAGGAGAAGGAGGAUUCAAGCCGGUCCAUGAAGCCUCCGCAGGAUCCCCAUGUGAAGCUGCAGUGGAUCCACCCGGAUGAAGUGGAUACUUUGCCUAUGGAUGAGGAUCCGGAUAUCAAGCCAGCUGAUCAAGACCUGGCCAGUGCAAACAAGACCACAAGCCACUAGAAAAGGAAGCUGCAGCUCUGACACCACAAGAGGAAGCUGCUGCUGCAAAAGCAGCCUUGGAGUUGUACCGCACCAAGGAGGAUUCUGAAAAAGACAUCCUGCAGGCUCAAUCUCGAGUCAGAGAACUACACCGGGAGGAGGAGGCAAGGCAAGUUCAAGAGAAACAAGAAAAAAAAGAUAUGCAGA